UUGCGCCCUAGGCACCAAACAUGAUGCCAUGAAGAAUAUAAAUUUAAAUCAUGCUUUCUCCGCUGAAGCACCCGCGAAUUGCCCAUUAUGCCCCUCUCAAGACCCAAACGACACCGUUUUACUGUGCCGACAUUCCCUAGCCAAUGUGAUCGCCCAUUCGGAUAUCCCAACAACUACGCCCACGCAAGCCGAAACCAAAACCGCGCUCUCAGAUUCGCCGAUCGACGGCCCGUCGGUGACGGCGACUGAACUACCACCACCAUCUCCGAUGGGCUUCGCCGGAGGCACUAGGAAUGGAGACUCUGAAUCGUCAACGCUCCUCCCGGCGCCAGUCCUGCCCAACAAGAAGAUCCCAGAAGACUCCUACCACUUGGCGUACAUCGUCUACUUCACGCUCGGCGCCGGUUUCCUCCUCCCCUGGAACGCCUUCAUCACCGCCGUCGACUACUUCAGCUACCUCUACCCUGAUGCCAGCGUCGACCGCGUCUUCGCCGUCGUCUACAUGCUGGUGGGCCUCCUCUUUCUCCUCCUCAUCAUCGCCUACGCCUACAAGUCCGACGUCGUCGUACGCAUUAACGCUGGCCUCGCCCUCUUCGUCCUCGCCCUUCUCGUCGUCCCCGUCCUCGAUGCCGUCUACAUCAAGGGCCGUACCGGCAUAUACUCCGGCUUCUACGUCACCGUCGCCGCCGUCGGGCUUUCCGGCAUGGCCGACGCGCUCGUCCAGGGCGGCAUCAUUGGCUCGGCCGGCGAACUCCCGGAGAGGUAUAUGCAGGCCGUGGUCUCCGGCACUGCCGCUUCGGGUGUCCUUGUUUCGUUUUUAAGAAUUUUAACCAAAGCUGUCUAUCCCCAAAAUCCUCACGGGCUGAGAAAGAGUGCAAAUCUCUAUUUUUCUGUUAGCAUUGUGAUUAUGGGCAUAUGCAUUGUUUUCUACAAUGCGGUGCAUAGACUGCCAGUUAUCAAGUAUUACAAUGAUCUGAAAAUGCAAGCUGUAAAUGAGGAGAGAGAAGAGAGAGGUGAAAUGACAGGGUGUCUAUGGAGAUCAACCUUGUGGAGCAUAGUAGGGAGGGUCAAGUGGUACGGGUUUGGGAUUGCCUUGAUAUAUGUUGUGACGUUGUCUAUAUUUCCGGGUUAUGUUACAGAGGAUGUGCACUCUGCGAUUCUGAAGGAUUGGUAUUCCAUCCUACUUAUCACUGCCUACAAUGUGUUUGAUCUGUUUGGCAAGUCGCUCACCGCAGUCUAUCUCCUUGAAAAUUCAAAGAUUGCCAUUGGGGCAUCUGUGGCCAGAUUGCUGUUUUAUCCUCUCUUCUUGGGUUGCUUGCAUGGUCCCAAAUUCUUCCGGACAGAGAUUCCUGUGACCCUGCUAACUUGCCUUUUAGGACUCACUAAUGGAUAUUUUACGAGCGUGCUGAUGAUUUUGGCUCCCAAAGCAGUUCAACUGCAGCAAGCAGAGAUUGCAGGAAUUGUGGUUGUGUUGUUCCUGAUCAUUGGCCUGGCUGCUGGUUCCAUCGUAGCUUGGUUUUGGGUCAUCUGACAUUGUAGCAGUUAACCCUUCUGGGUCUCCAUCUUCUUGGAUCCCAUUGCCCCGCUAUUAUCUGCACUCUGAAAAGCAUUGUAAACUCAACUGUUGAUAAUAUUGCUUUUUUUUUUUUUU